AUGCCUCAGUCAGCAACAAGCCAACCAAUUCCAGUCCCCGUGCCAGUUGGAGUUGGAGUGGUUCAUCAGCCACACGUUGCGGCUGCCACAACUGCCAGUGCUCCUCCCGCAACAGCCGACUUGCAGCCAGCACCACUACUGCACCCAACGUUAUCCCAUUCAGUCCAGGGCCAACCUCAAGUUGUCGCUCCUUCACCUGUGCAUGCUGUCGCCCUCCCGAGAUUCGGACCCCGUGCCUCCAAGACUGAAGAGCAACGUCUCGAACAAGGUCGCUUGCCCCUCGUCAUGGAGCACGAAGAGAUGCCGAUGCAUCGCCCAAGCGGCGGAUCUUCAUCUGGCUCUGACGAAGAUGCUCUCACAUCCUCCUCAUACCCGUAUCCUCCUACCUCCUACGAACCCCCCGAUGGUUCUGUAACCUAUACUCCUACCUCGUCCAUCUCCGCGUAUACGCCCUCGACGGGGUUCUCGUCCUCACUCUCGUCUUGGAAUUCAUAUGGACCACGACCGAGAGGAGGAAGUGGAGGACCCCAGAAUAUGGACCGAUCCUUCUCGGAAAGCGCUCAGAGUGCAGUUGCGGAUUUGCGAGGCGCCAGACCAGGGGCUCCUCUUCGAACUCCUUCAAACACCUACGCACCUCCGAGAAAGCCGCCUCAAUUUCUAUCCCUCAAUUCUAAGAGAAUGCAUUCGUCAAAUACAAUGAGAAGCACGAGGAGGGAUCCGAAUGCACAGUACAAGGCGCAAGAGAAGGCUUAUGUCCAGCGAGUCCGACAACCACCGCCGGAUUGGCUUGAUAAUGAUCCUCGGACACCCAGUAUCGGAUACAGCACGGAUGACGAGACCGACGAUGAAUCGCCUUCAGCUGAACACGGAUUCGACGAUCCCUACGAUCCGGAAACACUGAUGUUCCUCGGCAAUGAGGAAAAUCUUCAGCCGACGGAGGAGGAACUACAGAACUCCGCAAACAGAGAGCGUCUUGAGUGGCAUUCCAUGCUUGCUUCUGUACUGAAAGGCGAUGUGGUCAAACAGGAGAAACAGAGGCUGAUCGGCACCACCGAGCAAAAGAGCAAAGUGGAAUUGGGUGCCGAGAUUUGGCUGGGUGUAAGAGCAAAAUAUUAUGGUCGGCCGUUGCAGAUGCAGAAGAAGCUCAUCGAGGAAGGCCGAGCACAUAUCGGGCCCAUUAUCGAACAAAUUAUUGCCUUUGAGAUCAAGGGCGAGACGGUGGUGGGUAAAUCACCGCUGGAACAAGUUGAAGAGGCCGUGGCCAACAUCGAAAAGUGUGAAUGGCUGUAUCCGUCGCGGAGGGAACUGGAAGCUGCCCAGACCAGGGCUGCCUCUGAUGCUUUCAAACAAAGCUGCGACGCCAUCAUCUCCUGGCACAAUAUCACACAAUCCAUCAACACUGAACUGGCUGUCCUCCAGGCGUGGGUCGGAAAUUCCGAGUUGGACUUUACCAGGCAAAAACGUCGUUCUAGCAGAGACGGCGAUCUUUCAGACGAAUCUUCAUUUAUCGACAGAAUUUUAAAGGAAGAUGGGCUGAAGUCGUUGCAGGGUGACAAGAGCAUGUUCCUGGCGAUCAGCGAGGUCAUCACGAAGGCCAAGAGCACCUUGAUCGAAAACGCGGAGGCAUUUGCCGCGCGCCACCUUCCACCUUAUAUCGAAGAGCUUUUGACUCUGAUCAACUUCCCUUCCAGGUUAAUCCAGGAGAUUAUCCGGAUGCGGCUGUCCUACGCAAAGAAGAUGAAAGAAUCGGCGCAGCAGUCCGUCAUGAUCAUUGACCAGAUGAUUGCACAGUUUCAGAUCCUCAUGCGGCUUGCUUGCCUUAUCAAGCAAGAAUACCUUACAAUGGCGCACCCUGAGCCUGGAUGGGAUCUGCCUCCUUGCAUUGACGAGAACUUCGACAAGGUCAUCGUGGACGCUCUCAAGUUUUACUUUAAGAUGCUGAACUGGAAAUUGGGUGCGAACAAGAACACAUUCCGCGAAGCCGAAAUUCUCGAACAAGAAUGGGGCUUUUCGAACGAAAUAGGGCGGCAACUCGAAGGGGGCGAUAUUGAAGUUGCGGAGCAAUUCAGUUCACUUACAGCCAAGUCACUACUCCGGCUCACUGCUUCAUUUGAGCGAGAGCUUCGAAGCAAACCAGACGAAAGUCCACAGGAGAUGGAGAAACGUUACAAGGCGAUUUUGGAUUCCGUCCGUGUACGACAACGAAAGCUGUUCAGAUUCUCUCGCAUUCUGCGGCAAAGGUUCGAGAAUGCGACCGAGUUCAAUGUCGGUAUGGGACCAGAGCAGCUGCAGGCAUUUGCCGAAGCUCUUGUAUUGUCUGGACACUUCCUCGUGGAACCAAGCACAAACAGUCCAAAAGGCAUUCAUUUUGUGGCUUCAGCAUCGCUGUGGAACAGACCGAAAGAGAUUCAGUCAAUGCUGGGCACAUCGUUCCAUGAAGAUGACGCGGCGGAAGAUCCCUCAAACCCUUACAUUUUGAUCAUUAGACCGGAGGAUGACAUGACUUGGGAAGGUCCCAGGAUGGAGCUCGAUGCUCUGGAACUGCCCACUGACGUGAGAUUGGGGAGACUCCGUCUCGUGGCUGACGGAUCAUCGCUUCGUCUGCAAGGUGCGCGGAUGGAAUUUGCCAAUGCGAUUGGCAGGGAGCUGGACGUGGUGAUUGAACAGCGAGCUAACUUGUCUCGAGUGAAUCUUGAGCUUGGGAAAAUCAAAAAGACCACCUUCAAACUGUCGAAUACUAUCAUGGAAAGUGUGGAGGUGAUCCGGUCCCAGAAUGGUGGGAUUGCCAGUCCAGAGCUGGUACAAUCUUGUUUCGCCUUCGCUACCGAAUUCGGAAAACGAUCUUUGACAUACAUGGAUCCCAAUCGACGCAUGAUGAACAAUAUGAAACUUACUCGGCUUGCGCUGGACUGGGUCAGCUUCAUCUGCGACGAUUGUGAUGCGGCCGACCGAAGGACCUUCAAGUGGGCGGUGGUUGCGUUGGAGUUUGCAAUGGCGAUGACGCGAGGCCGGAACAUCUUGGACAUCACGGACGAAGACUACAAACGCAUCAGGGUCAAAGUGGCUGGUUGUAUGUCUGUGUUGAUCUCUCACUUUGACAUUAUGGGAGCACGAUCGACCUUGGCUGCACAGCAAGAGAAAUCGCGAAUGGAAGCCCUGACAGGCAUGAACAAGCGACUGGACUACAACAAGUUGCGUAACGACGAAGAUUGUCGGAAUGAAAUGUGCCAGCAGCGACUGUCUGAGCUUAUUGCCAUUGAUCAGGUUCGCGAGGAACGAGGGACCAAGACCACUCUCGGACGGGUGUUGGAGGGCUCGAAUGAAGCUGAUCGAUCGCUCACGUUUCUCUCUUCGUCUGCAACCAAUAUCACCAUGAGAUGGCAGCAAGGCCAAUUUGUGGGUGGCGGCACUUUUGGGUCGGUGUACGCGGCUCUCAAUCUUGAUACAGGAACCUUGAUGGCCGUUAAGGAGAUUCGUCUGCAGGACCCGCAGUUGAUUCCGACCAUUGUCAAGCAGAUUGGCGACGAGAUGGGUGUUUUGGCCGUGCUUGAUCACCCCAACAUUGUUUCCUACUAUGGUAUCGAAGUCCAUCGCGACAAGGUUUACAUCUUUAUGGAAUAUUGCUCCGGUGGCUCGGUAGCCGGCCUCCUCGAGCAUGGACGGAUUGAGGACGAAACGGUCAUCAUGGUCUACGCGCUGCAGAUGCUGGAGGGGCUGGCGUAUCUGCAUUCAGCACACAUUGUCCACCGGGACAUCAAGCCAGAAAAUGUUCUGCUGGAUCACAAUGGCGUCAUAAAAUACGUCGAUUUCGGGGCAGCAAAGAUAAUUGCGCGACAAGGACAAACAAUGAUGGCCCCAGAGGCGCCGCAGCGCGCGAACGUCGAUCCUGGUCAGCUUCCACGACAGCCCCAGAAGACUAUGACGGGCACCCCAAUGUACAUGUCACCAGAAGUGAUUCGUGGCGAUGCACCAGCAACCUCACGCUUUUCGGGAGCUGCCGAUAUUUGGUCAUUGGGGUGCGUGAUUUUGGAAAUGGCAACUGGCCGUCGCCCUUGGUCGACGUUGGAUAAUGAAUGGGCCAUCAUGUACAACAUUGCCCAGGGUAAUCCGCCGCAGCUACCCACCGAAGACCAGCUGAGUCCGCAGGGGAUUGAUUUCCUAAAGAAGUGCUUCGAGCGCGAUCCGGCAAAGAGGAGCUCGGCUGCUGAGUUGUUGCAACACCCGUGGAUUGUGGAGAUUCGACGGAUGGUGGUUGAUGAUCCAGAGGCCCAGACGCCCAGGAGUGAGAGCAGCGGAGGCGUGUCGCUUCCUAGCCGGCAGAACUCGACAGCCUCGUGA